AUGGCAUCUAGACUAUCUAGUUACCCAAUGGACAGUUUUUCAGUCCAUCCCUAUCAAAAGUGGUUAAAAUUUUGCUAUAUAAAGAAAGCUGAUGAAGAAUGGCUCUGUACAAAAGCCAUCAGAACCAUGAGAAAUCUAGUUGCGAAACCCUCUUCUUGCAUUCUCUUCUUCUUCUUCCUCCUCCUCCUAUCUCUGUCUGCUUUCGCUCACGCGAAAGCUAUCAAAGCUGAUGAACCGUGCAAAAAGCUCACACUUUACUACCAUGACAUCCUCUUCAAUGGGACUAACGUGGCCAAUGCGACCGCAGCCAAAGCUGCAAAUCAAACUAAACUUGGGGACUUCAAGUUUGGCAUGUUGGUUGUGUUCGACGAUCUCAUGACAAAGGGCAACCACCUUCUGUCUCCUCCGGUGGCAAGAGCUCAAGGCUUCUAUUUCUAUGACAUGAAAACCACAUACAAUGCUUGGUUUGCCUACACUUUGGUGUUCAACUCUAGUGAACAUAAAGGCACCAUUAAUAUUAUGGGUGCAGACAUUAUGGACGACCAGACCAGAGAUCUCUCAGUCGUUGGUGGGACCGGAGAUUUCUUCAUGGCACGAGGAAUCGUCACGUUUAGAACUGACACUGUUCAGGGUGACAAUUAUUUUCGCCUUCAGAUGGAUAUCAAGUUGUAUGAAUGUUAUUAAUUAUUCUAGGUUUAAUUUGCUUUAGUCUAAAUAUGAUCCUGUCUG